GCCCUGGCGCGGAGCCGCUGCCGGUGCCGGUCCCGCCGGGCCGGUCUGUGCGGCGGCUGCCGGCGCUGCUGGGCGAGGUCAGGGAAAGUCCAUGUGAGGAGCGGCUGGAAUCACUUCCUGCCGCCGCCCGGCCCCGCCGCGUCAGGCCCAGGGCAGCCUCGGGGGCCGGCGCCCCGCAGAUGUGCCCUACUUUGGAUAUUCCUGCAUUGAAUGUCUGAGGAGCUCCAGCCGAUCCUGAGCCAUGUCGCAGAUGUUGCACAUAGAGAUUCCCAACUUUGGGAACACCGUUCUGGGCUGCCUGAACGAGCAGCGGCUGCUGGGGCUGUACUGCGAUGUCUCCAUCGUGGUGAAGGGCCAAGCCUUCAAGGCUCACCGGGCUGUGCUGGCCGCCAGCAGCCUCUACUUCCGAGACUUGUUCAGUGGGAACAGCAAAAACGCCUUUGAGCUGCCGGGGACCGUCCCCCCCGCUUGCUUCCAGCAGAUCCUGUCCUUCUGCUACACCGGCAAGCUGACCAUGGCGGCGAGCGAGCAGCUGGUGGUGAUGUACACGGCGGGCUUCCUGCAGAUCCAGCACAUCGUGGAGAAAGGGACGGACUUGAUGUUCAAGGUCAGCUCUCCCCACUGUGACUCUCAGACCACCAUGAUCGAAGACCCCAGCUCGGAGCCGCAGAGCCCCUGCAACCAGCUGCAGUCGGCCUCGGCGCCCUACGUCAUGUCCCCCUCCAUGCCCAUCCCGCUCCUCACGCGCGUCAAACACGAGAACCUGGAGCUGCAGGCCCUGCCCGGCCUGCCCGGCAAGCGGCCCCUGGAGCCCGGCGCGCGGGACGGGCCCGGCGGCGCCGGCGGCGCCAACGCGGGGCCCCUGAAGCUGUCGCGCGUCUCCUACUACGGGAUGCCCAACCUGGCCACCCUGAUCCCCAACGUGCAGCAGGUGCAGUACUCGCAGGGGGAGCGCACCAGCCCCGGCGCCAGCAGCAUCCCCACCACCGACAGCCCCACCUCCUACCACAACGAGGAGGACGAGGAGGACGACGAGGCCUACGACACCAUGGUGGAGGAGCAGUACGGGCAGAUGUACAUCAAGUCCUCGGGAGGUUACUCUGUUGCCCAAGAGAAGCCAGAGCAGAUCCCGCUGGAGAACCGCUCCUGUGUCCUGAUCCGACGGGAUCUGGUGGCUCUCCCUGCCAGUCUCAUCAGCCAGAUCGGCUACCGCUGCCACCCAAAGCUCUACUCGGAGGGAGAUCCUGGAGAAAAACUCGAGCUUGUUGCAGGCUCAGGCGUUUACAUCACCCGGGGGCAGCUGAUGAAUUGCCAUUUAUGUGCCGGUGUCAAACACAAGGUCCUGCUGAGGCGUCUCCUGGCCACCUUCUUCGAUCGGAACACCCUCGCCAACAGCUGCGGAACUGGAAUCCGGUCCUCCACGAGCGAUCCCAGCAGGAAGCCCUUGGACAGCAGGGUCCUUAAUGCAGUCAAAUUGUAUUGUCAGAAUUUUGCCCCGAGCUUUAAGGAGAGCGAGAUGAACGUGAUCGCGGCCGACAUGUGCACCAACGCGCGGCGCGUCCGCAAGCGCUGGCUGCCCAAGAUCAAAUCCAUGCUGCCCGAGGGGAUGGAGAUGUACCGCACCGUCAUGGGCUCCUCCACAAACACUGUCCCCCUGGAGCCCGACUUCCAGCCCAACACUGCUCAGGUCUUCGAGCAGCGCAUCUAUGCAGAGAGGAGGAGCGACUCGGGGACUAUAGUAGCCUUGAGAACUAACACAGUGAAUGUAGAGCUGAGCAAUGGAUCCAACCAGUCCUUCGAGCAGAGCGAGGAUGCCGAAGGCGCCGGCUCCGUGAUCCAGGAGGCAGCUGCCACAGAUGCCAUGGCAUCGGAAACCCAAAGCACUCCGCAACCUUUUGAACAAGGUUCGGGCUCCUCCAGCCGGCCCGAAACCCCCGUGAGAAGACAAGAUGGUACUUAUGGAGGGACUUUAUAAAGAGAGCAAACAUUUCAUGACCUAUAAGGGAUCUGUAAUACUAAAGCUGCUUGCAUGCAUUACUAAUACAAAACAAAAAAUGUGAUCAAGCCACUUACCUACUGAACUGCUACUGUUGCCUGAAAAAAAUGUGAUUUUUAUUCUGCUUGUAUUUAAAAUUUAUGAAGGAAAUAAUCGCAUUCGUUAUACUGUAAACGACUAGGUCUGUGGCGACCUACUUAAAAAAAUAUUGGGCUCCUUUUUUGAUAUUCCUGAGGUUAGUCUAUAAGAUUGUAGCUUUUUUUUUUUUCCUUUCUUUUCCUUUUUUUUUUUUUUUUGGGUUUUUGUUGUUUGUUUGUUUGUUUGUUUGUUUUAAGAAGGGGAGGAGAAAAGCUAGCCACCCCCCACCCACCACCACCCCGUCAUCACCCCAUCCAUCACUCAGCUCAGAAGUAAAGCCAUGGUUAACCUUGUCCUCUAAGGAGAGUUUUGUCACUGACCAGGAAAGCGAGGUGUGUUCGGGUGCAGGUGCUGUGACUGGCCGUGUUUGUCUCGGGAAGGGCUGGAGCCAAGUGGGAUGGGCUGGGGGAAAUGGUGACAGUGAUGGUGACCAGACCCCUCUGGAGUCAGGGGGAGCCCUGGCCGUUGUUGUCCCGGGGAGUUUUCCCUGGAUUCCGCGGGAGUUCGGGCUGGCGCGUGUCGGGAGGGCUGUGUGGGAUGCAGGUGGAGAGCCUGGCCACCGUUGUGGCUGUGGUCUGGUUUUUGCCAGGCUGGGUUUGGGUUUGGUUUCUCUCUCUCCCUCCCUCCCUUCGUCCCUCCCAGCGAUUCCUUUUCUUUCCCUUCUCCGUGUUUGCACCUUCACGUCCCCGCUCCUGGGCAGCCGGGCUGUGUCACCCCUCUGUGCCCUUCCUUGGGUGAACCUCCUGGGAGGGGAGGAGCCCCCCUCAGGCUGUGGAGGGAUCUGGGGAGGAAUCUGAGCAUGGAGAGCACCGUUCUUCUGGCUCCAAAGGGCACGGAGUCGGGAGCUCUUGGUGUUGGCUCCUGGCAGAUCUGCACCGGAGGCAGAGCUCGGUGCAUGCAGAGCUCACCCUCUGCCCCCUCCUCCUCCCCAGGCCAUCCAGGCUCCCGCUUUUUAAUAAUUUGGAGUGUAUUGGAUGCAAAAAUUAAAAGAAAAAACGAGCUUUGUGCCCUUCUGUGAGGAGGUUUUGGGGAGGAGGAAGCGCGUUGCCUCCUGCUCACCCUCCCGCAGCCCCUUCUGGGGAAAACCCAAUGUGGAAUUAUUUGUCUUUAUUUUUGUUGUUGCAGGCUGAUGUCCCCAGGCUGUGGUGGCUUUGGUGGCCUCGGGAUGGGACUGUGGGUGUCCCUGGAGCCUGAUGGGCAGCAGGUACCUGCUCUGUCCCUCGUCUUUCCAGACCCCAAAGUGCCCGGGAUGUGUCCCGCAGAGCCGGGGUGCUGCAGCUUCCCCCGGAGUGCUGGGGCCAGGCUGGGGGUCCCAGGGGGGUGGCACUGCUGGGCUGACCCCAAGGGAUGGGGACAGUGAUGUGAAAGCCAAGUCUGCCUUUUUUCCUUUUUUUUCCUUUUUCAGUGAUGAUUAUUUUUACUGUGACUUAACGACCUGCUUUAAUGACACUUGCAGCUUGUUCUUUAACACGUUUGGGACUAGGAACAAGGUGCACAAAGAGUCACUUUUUGGCUGCUGUGGCUGUGCUCCUCUUUUCUUUCCUGCUUCGAUUCCCUAAUCCAGACAGCGCUUUGCUCAGGGUUUUCUUCCUUCUUUGUAUUUCCAUUGGGAAAGGGGGAGCGGGGAGAGGAUAACCCAACUUUUGGCCAUUUGUUUUGUUUUCUUUGAUACUUGAAGCAGUUUUUUGCAUCGUAAAUAACGAGGCUGCCCAGCCUGUGCCACUGCUCCUGACACAACAAAUCAGUGAUGGGGGGAUCCUGCCCCACGUCGGGUUUUGGCACAGCUUUUUGGGGGAGACUGUGACACCCCAGACCAGGUUUUGGGGGCUGGUGCAGGUGCAGAGGUUUGGGAUGCUUCGGAGAAGUGGGAAUGGGCACGGCUCUAUUUGCACUUUACCCACUAAACAAACCCGGGGACCACGGGCUGAGCUCUGGGGGAGCCAUCCCUGGGGACACCGAGCAGUUCCUCAGCCCUGGGGUGUCCCUGUCCCCUGCUGGAGGGCAGCUCAGCCAGCUUGGUGGGGCUCAGGUUUGGCUGAGGACCCUCCUGAUCCCCAAAUCUUUGGGUUUGCCAAAAGUUUGAGGCAAGCUGGGAGCGGCUCCGGGUGCCGGAGAUCAAAAGUCGUCCCUUGUGUGUGUGUCUGUGUGCAUAUAUAUAAAUAUAAAUAUAGAGAGAAAAGAUAUUGCAGAGGAUUCUCCCUCCUCCUUUUUGGCACUUGCUGGGGGUGGGGAGCAGGCUGAGCCCCCCAGCCGGGGGCUGCACUUGGCUGAGGGAUUAAUUCUGGACCAAACCUGUUCCCAGACAGCCGGCGGGGCCACCGGGGGGGCAGCAGCAAAGUACUUGAAUGGCUUAGGACAGAGAGUCUGGAGAGAGUCAAGUUGCACAGUGAAAAUAUAUAUUUUUAUACCUAGCACAACUUCCUGUAUAUUUUGGGGUUUUUUUCUUUCUUUUUUUUUUUUUUUUCCUUUCCAUUUUUUUUUUUUUUUCUUCCUGAUUUGGGUUUGUUUUGUUAAUUAUUAUUAUUGUUAUUAGGAAGGCAAACUUCUAAAAUGUGAAGGGCGUUGGGUUUUUCCUUAUCUGGUAGAUGAGGGCAAGCAUUUUGCACUAAUGUUUCCUGUGUGUGGAGGAUUAAUGAUAUGUUUGAAAAUGUUAUAUGGUAAUGAUUGUAUUCUUCCGAGAAAAAAAGAAAACAACAAAAAAAAGCAAAAAAAAAAAAAAAUAACCCCUUAAAA